UAGAUAGAUCAUUUUUCGUUGUGAACGAAACUGAUAACGAGAGAGAGAGAAGAAACAAGAGCGAGCCAGCUACGUCGCACAUUGCAAUGCGAUUCAGAAAAUCAAAUCCCUAAAAAUCACAAAUUUCAAUUGAAUCAGGGUCUAACUGUGGUGGAGCAUAGUGCAUGAUCAUAAUCCAUAGAACAAUCGAUCUAUCAAUUCAGAGAAAUGGGGAAAAAUCAAGCAUACAAAGCUAUGCAGAGAGCAAGGCUCGGUGGUGCUUCCGGUGGUCCCGAUGAGGUUGAAGAUGGCAUGGUGGAUGGUUCAUUUCAUUCACCAGAGUGGCAUGCUGCCCGUUUGGCUAGCCUUAAAACAUCUCAUACAAUUACCUGGGAAGAGUACAAAAAGAAACAAAAGGAAGAAGAACUGAAAAAGGGGGAGCUGGAAGCAGAUGCAGAUAAGAUGAUGAGGGAGUACAGGGCUCAACUAGAUGCUGAAAGGUCUCGCAAACUCUCCCAGGGUAGAAAUCACUCUAGUAGUAAGUCUAAACAUUCAAAAGAUAAGAGGGACAAAAUUUCAAAGAAGCAUAGCAGCAGAAAAAGAAAGCAUUCAAGAAGAUCUUCUCCAUCUAGCUCCUCUUCAUCAUCUUCAUACUCUUCCAGCAGUGAAGACGAAGAGAGAGCGUCAAAAAGAUCAAAGUCCAGGUCUAAGCGGUCAAAGAAGGAAAAGAAGCACAAGUCAAAAAGAAAGGAUUCUGGAACCGAUAGUGAAGAUGGCGGCGGACCAGUUCGCCUAUCGAAAUUCUUUGGGACAUCAAGAGUUGAUAGUGGUUGAAUACUUGGUUUUGUAUCAUAAAAUUGUUUUUCUGCAAAUAGUAAAUUAUGGUCAGCUUUACUUUUAUGAUCAACGUAUUCUUUACAAAUUUGUAAUUUUAUGUCAUAUUUUGUGUUCUCUUUCAAGAAGUUUGUUGACUUUGGGUUUAUCGGUGUAGUGUAAGAAGGGGGGUGAACAUUGAGUUCUAACGAUUUAAAAUCAAACAAUCGGUUGAUGUUUGAAUAACACUACUGAAUGAAGACAAUACAUAAACUCCACUUCUAUGGAUUUGGAA